AGACUCCAGGACACUACAAAUUCUGGCGACGAAGGUUCAGACUACUGAAGCAAGCAACGCAUUCAGGAAGCCCACGAGACGAAAGAAGCACAGAGAAGCCUAAUAGAACGCCAGCCAUGGAGACUCUCUUGCCGACCUUCCCGCCCUUCAACCCACAUAGCGACGUUUCAUCACUCUCACCGAGAUGGCUGAAGUGGAUUGCCCGCUUUGAAAACUUUCUGCUAGCCGCAAACAUCACAGAUCCAGCCCGAAAGCGAGCGAUGUUACUGCAUUACGCAGGUGAAGAAGUCUACGAUGUGUUCCAGACGCUGCCCAACACCGAAACAGACUUCGAUACCGCUGUCACGCGGUUAAAGGAACACUUUGCCCCCAAGAAAAAUGCUGUCUUCGAACGUCACAUCUUCCGCCAAGCACGGCAAGAUGCUGGAGAAACGCUUGGACAGUUCCAGGUUAGGCUCCGCCGGCUCGCAGCAACAUGCGAGUUCACGGACAUAGAGAAAGAACUCGUUUCCCAGAUCAUUGAGGGCACCACGUCUCAUAAGCUACGCAGGGCAGCACUGCGAGAAACCGAUAUCACUCUAGAGAAACUCCUCGCGCUUGGAAGCAGCAUAGAAACGGCGGAGUUGCAGGCAUCCAGCAUCGAAUCUCCAUCUCAAACGUCUACAGUCCAGAAAGUUGACGCCAAGAAGCACGAGCGUCGUAGAACGCGCCGCAAGAAAACGGGCUCUGAACAGAGACAAACAGCUAAAUGUUCGGGAUGCGGAGGAAGCUGGCCGCACAAGAACGGCAAGACAAGUUGCCCAGCCUGGGAAGCAGUUUGCCACAACUGUGGGAAAAGAAACCAUUUCGCAAAGUGGUGCAGAAGCGCCCGAGAGCCCAAGGAGAAGAUACGCUCUUUAACUACGUCGUCUGCGACAACAGAAGCGCUACGGCCUGCAAGUUCUGACGAGUCCGUUUUUCAUGUACACGGCACGGCAAGCAAGCUCCCCACAGUAACGAUAACAUUAAACGAGAAGCCCCUGGAGUUCUUCCUGGAUACGGGCGCAGGGGUCAACGUGGUUGGUGAGCGAACCUGGAGAACGCACUUGAGAGUCCCCUUGGAAGCAACAACUACUCGACUAGUACCUUACGGAGUACAGCAAGAGAUCCCAGUAAUGGGGAAGUUCACGGCAAUGUUCAGCGCUAAACUGAGCAGCACUCGAGCAGAGGUGUAUGUCGUCCAAGGACCGCAGCCGUCGCUGCUCAGUUACAAGACAGCCAGGGAACUCAUGCUGAUUGACAUCGUGCAAGCGGUGGCUGAGCACACGUCGGUGGACGCUCGGAAGGAGUUUCCUAAGCUAUUCGGUGGCCUGGGUCGGCUGAAGCAGUUUCAAGUGAAGUUGGAGAUUUCGAGCGAUGUUAGCCCGGUAGCACGACAGCAUCGGCGGAUCCCUUUUCGGGUGAGAAAGGCGUUAGAAGCGGAGUUGGCACGCCUUGAAGCAUUAGACAUAAUCGAGCACGUCACGGGGCCGACGCCUUGGGUAUCGCCAAUCGUGGUUGUGCCUAAGCCGCAUACUGAUGGAGCAGUCAGGAUGUGUAUUGACAUGAGAGAAGCGAACAAGGCGAUCGCUCGUGUACGACAUGUUAUGCCCACGAUCGAGGACAUCAUCAGCAUCCUGAACGGAGCAGCGUUUUUUUCGAAGUUGGAUCUAAACGAAGGCUACCACCAGCUGGAGCUGGAUGAGUCUUCGCGAACUAUAACCACGUUUUCCACCCACUGUGGGUUACGAAGAUACAAGAGAUUGCUCUUCGGAGUUAACGCAGCAGCGGAGAUCUUUCAAGACGCCAUUCGACAGAUCCUACCAGAUGAAAACGGAAUUAUCAACGUUAGUGAUGACAUUCUGAUUUCCGGACGCACGAUGGAAGAGCAUGACCGAAGACUGCGUCUGGUCCUGAUGAGCCUUCAAGAUGCAGGGCUAACCCUGAACGGGAAGAAAUGCGUGAUUGGUGCACGCACGUUGAAGUUUUACGGACAUGUGUUCUCUGCUGACGGAAUCAGUGUCGACCCUGAAAAGGUAGAAGCGGUAACGAAGAUGGCGCCUCCUAAGGAUGCAACAGAGGUCAGGAGCCUUCUAGGCAUGGUCAACUAUUGCAGCCGGUUCAUCCCUCGCCUAGCAGAAAUCGCCGAACCGCUCAGAGCCUUAACGCGUUCCGAACUUGAAUUCCGAUGGACUGAAGACCACCAGAAAGCCCUGGACAAGAUUAAACUCCUGAUGUCUCAGUCUCAGACUCUUGCGUACUUCGACGUCAACAAGGAAACCUGCAUCAUCACAGACGCAGGACCCGACGGAAUAGCUGGAAUCCUGAUUCAAGAGGCCAAAGAUGGGAAAAGACCCAGCAUCUUGGCCUACUACAGCCGAGCGUUAUCGCCCACGGAGAAGAAAUACCCCCAGAUUGAUAAGGAGAUGCUAGCCAUCGUGUCUACCGUCGAGCGUUUUCGAGUAUACCUGGCGGGAGGAAAGUUCCUGGUGAAGACAGACCACCUGCCGUUAGUGUCCAUACUGCGAAAUUCCAGCGCCAAGCUUUCCGCGCGGUUGGAGCGGCUGAGCCUCAGACUUCAGCACUAUGUCUUUGACAUACAGCACAUACCAGGCAAAGAAAAUCCGGCAGAUUAUUUGUCGAGGCACCCGAUCGUGGCAAGCGGAGAGGAUAGUCCGACGCAAGAAACGAGCGCCGUAGAAGAAUACGUACGCUUCGUACUGAACUCAGCUACGCCAAAAGCUUUAACGGCGCAAGAUAUUGAAAACGUGUACAAAGGAGACCCACAGAUGGACCUGCUUAUCACGGCCCUGCGCACGACAGACCAAUCGUCUCUGGAUUCAUUGUGGAGGCAUGAACUGUUGAAGCCUUUUUACCAGAUCAGGGAAGAGUUGACUGUGACGGAGAGCAAUUUGGUGUUGAGAGGGACAAGGCUUGUGAUCCCAGGAAAAGCACAGAUGGAUAUCGUGCGCCUCGCACACAGAGGUCACCAGGGCAUUGUGAAAACUAAGCAGCUCGUCAGAGAAAAGGUCUGGUUUCCUGGAAUAGACAAGAAGGUGGAAAGCGCCGUCAGGAACUGUGAAGCUUGCCAAAGAACAGUCGAAGAGAAAAUGACUUCGCCGUUGAUGAUGACGCCUCUCCCAGGAGGACCGUGGCAGUCACUUGCUGCAGAUUUUGCGGGACCUUUGCCUGGCAACAAGUACUUGUUGGUCGUCGUGGAUGAGUAUUCACGAUUUCCAGUGGUCUCAACUCUGUCUUCGCUGACUGGAAAAACGGUCAUCGCAAAGCUUACUGAAAUCUUCGCGGUACAUGGAAUACCGUACGUCUUGAAGACCGAUAAUGGUCCCCCAUUUUUCGGCAAGGAGUUCGCAGAGUUUGCCGCACACAACGGCAUCCGUCAUCACCGCACAACACCGUUAUGGCCUCAAGCGAACGGUGAGGUGGAGAGGUUCAUCAAGAACGUAAAGAAGACUGUGAAGGCAGCGGGUAUUCAAGGACGCUCGUGGAAGGAAGAGCUUCACGAAUACCUCUUGAACUACAGAGCCACGCCACACACGACGACUGGUAUAACCCCGUCAGAACUUCUAUUCGGGCGCAAGAUCAGGACAAAAUUACCGCAACUGCCUGAGACACGGCAUUACGGAAAAUUGGAAACCUCUGACCGACAAAAGAAGCAGGACAUGAAGGUCUACGCCGACGAGAAAAGACACGCGAGACCUCAUCAACUUCAGCGUGGAGACUGUGUUUUACUCAAGCGACCUUCAACCCUAUCACAUGAGGCACCGUAUGAACAGCAGCCGUAUACGGUCACAAGGGUCCAAGGAACUGCCGUCACAGCUACACGUGGUGACAGGAGAGUCGUCAGGAACGCAAGUUAUUUCAAGUGGAUUCCCCACAAUCAGUCCCGAAUAUCGGACGACUGGGACGUAGUCGAUGAUUGUGCACGGCCACGAAGUGAUGAAGCACCCAGUGUGGAUCGGACGGAAGCCCGAGAGUCGCCGAGCGAGCAGACACCACCGGAUGACGCGAGUAACGCUCCAAGAGCCGUCCCCGUCGUUAAUGAGGCAACACAGCCGGCAACGAGGCGGUACCCUGAACGGUCUACACGUGCGAAGCCGCCGAAGAGAUACGGAGAUUUUGUUUUGAACUGA